AGUCUGCUAACAAUGACUGCAAAAGAAGAUGAAAUAAUUUCCUUCCUCUUUUCUAAAUUUGCCUCCUGAGCCCCACUGGAGGCUGUUUCAGUUCUGGGAUGACUUUGAAAAGCCAUAUGUUUCAGCAUGUUGCUUCCAGAAGCCUGUGGCUACUUCAACCCCUGAUGACUUUGCUGCUGUUAGCUCCUGUGGACAAGGCAGCUGCCGAUCUCCCGAAGGCCGUGGUGGAACUCCAGCCCCCGUGGAUCCAUGUGCUCCGGGAGGACAGAGUGACCCUGACCUGCCAGGGGGCCCACAGUCCUGGGAACCAGUCCACCCAGUGGCUCCACAACGGCAGCCCCAUCCCCACGCAGGUCCAGCCCAGCUACACGUUUAAGGCCGAGAGCAACGACAGCGGAGAGUACAGGUGCCGCACAGACCGCACCAGCCUCAGCAACCCCUUGCAGCUGGACGUGACUGCUGAAUGGCUGCUGUUACAGACUCCACAGCUGGUGUUCCAGGAGGGGGAAUCCAUUGUGCUGAGGUGCCACAGCUGGAGGAACAAUCCUAUGAAUAAGGUCACCUUCUACCAGAAUGGAACAGCCAAGAAGUUUUCUCAUUACAAUACCACCUUCUUCAUCGCAGAGGCCAAUAGCAGCCACAGUGGUGAUUACCACUGCACAGGAAGAAUAGGAAACACGUUCUACUCCUCCAAGUCCGUGACCAUCACUGUCAGAAAGAUUUUGUCCACCUCGAAUGACUCACUGGUGGUGACAAUUGUGGCAGUGGUUGCUGGGAUUGUGGCAGUGGCUACUAUUGCUGUUUUAGCUGUCUUCAUUUACCUCAGACGCAGGCGCAGUUCAGCUCUCUCAGGAAACUCUAAGCUCCGGGGAAUGGGAGAGACCCUCCCAGAGGAACUGGGUGAGUACAGCGUUCUCUAUGGGGGCUCAGCUAUGCCCCACCCAGGGCUGCCGGAGGGCUUGGAACCAGCAGCAAGUAAUCUGUCCAGUCCCAUCGAUAGGGAGGAAGCUGACAAAGCUGAGGUUGAGAAUACAAUUACUUACUCACUUCUUAUGCACCCGGAAGCUGCCGAGGAAGACAUAGAACCCAACUACCAGAACCACAAUUAGUCUCUGAUGUCUUGCCCUGAGGUUUGGGGCAGAGAAGCAGAGAGGAAAGAUCACGGCCUCCUUGCCUGUGGUGUCUUUGGGGAGGAUGGCCGGAUGCUACAGCUCCGAGGGAGAAGGACUUUUGCUGAGUUCCUGGCGUGAGCCCUUGAAGCUCCUGUUCCAGAAGUGCCUGAAGCUCCAGACCUGCUGGCUCCUGUGCUGCUCCCAUGCCUCAGAGCUGCUCCACACCCAGAUUCUCUGCUACACAUCCAUCCAGCCAACACAAUCAAUCAUAGCGCUGUUAUUGACAAGUUGCAGCAACAUGGGACAUGCUAGAUAUAUAUGAUUUCAUAAACGCUAAAAUAGACUAACAUAUACCAACAUACAAAAAAUGAUCAGUUCAGGGUGAUGGAAUGUUUGGUGAUUUUUCUUUUCAUUCUUUAUUUUUCUAAAAAUAUAAUGUAUUACUUUUAUAAUAAAAUAUUAUUUUUAAAUGA